GUUCUUUUCAAACAAGAAGAACAACGCGGCCCAAGGAGGAAGUAAAAAAAUAAUGUAGAACCAGAUAGGAUACAUCUGCUGCUAGCGCUGCAGUGCAUAGACAAAGCUCCGUCUGCUCAUCUUUAAUAUAUCGCCGUGCCGCCUGCUCCGGGCUCUCGCAGUCUCGCACUCUCGCUACCACCGCGCGCCUUUGGAACGCAUCAACAGGGUCGCCACACCAGCGAGUCUUCUUCCAUGGAGAACCAUGGCCCCAAGCCCAUCCGAUGCAAAGCGGCCGUGUGCAGGGCCGCCGGGGAGCCGCUGGCCAUCGAGGAGAUCGUCGUCGACCCGCCCAAGGCGUACGAGGUCCGGAUACGGGUCGUCUGCACGUCGGUCUGCCACAGUGACGUCACCUUCUGGCGCAUGAAGGAUUUUCCCGGCGUUUUCCCAAGAAUAUUUGGCCACGAAGCUUUCGGGGUGGUGGAGAGCGUCGGAGAGCACGCGGAGGGGUUCGCGGCGGGCGACGCGGUGGUGCCGACGUUCCUGGGGCAGUGCAGCGAGUGCGUGGACUGCCGAUCGCCGCGGAGCAACAUGUGCUCCAGGUUCCGGUUCGCAGUGCGCCCGGGGAUGCUGCGCGACGGCGCCACCCGGUUCGCCGACGCCCAGGGCCGCCCGCUCCACCACUUCCUGGGCGUCUCCAGCUUCGCCGAGUACACCGUCGUGGACGUCAACCACGUCGUCAAGGUCAGCCCGGACAUGCCGCCGGCACUCGCCUGCCUCCUCAGCUGCGGCGCCUCCACUGGGGUUGGAGCGGCAUGGAAGCUGGCGAAAGUUGAGCCUGGAUCUUCGGUCGCGAUCUUUGGCCUCGGCGCCGUAGGAUUGGCGGUAGCCGAAGGAGCGAGGAUUUGUGGGGCGUCAAAGAUAAUCGGCGUAGAUAUAAACCCUGACAAACAGGAACUUGGGAAGAAGUUCGGCGUGACACAUUUCAUCAAUCCAAAAGAACUUGGUGAGAAACCUGUCAACCAGGCGAUAAUCGAGAUGACUGACGGUGGUGCGGACUACUGCUUCGAGUGCAUCGGGCUGGCGGUGCUGAUGAAGGAAGCAUUCCUGAGCACCCGAGAUGGUUGGGGCAAGACGAUCAUUCUUGGAGUGGAAAUGCACGGAGCCCCUCUCUCCAUACCUUCUCGGCAGAUCCUCCACGGGAAAACUGUCAUCGGUUCCAUGUUUGGAGGGGUGAAGCCUAAGCAGGACAUUCCCAUCCUCGCCGAUAAGUACCUGAACAAGGAGCUGGAGCUGGACAAGUUCAUAACCCAUGAAGUUGGCCUCAACGACAUCAACGAGGCUUUUGACCUGCUGCUUCAGGGGAAGAGUGUCAGGUGCACUAUAUGGAUGAACAAGUGAUGUGAAUUUCAUCUUAAACGAGCAAAGCUGCCUUGUGAUGCUUGCUGUUGGGAUUAGGAAUCCCGAAUACAUAAUACAGAGAGGGAGAAGGAAGAAAAUAAGUCAAGUGAACAAAUGAAUCAAAUGAACAAAUAGCCAAAAGUCCUCUCUAUUUAUAGGGAGAAGGAGGUGGCUGUUUAUAUUAAUUCCAUUGGUGGGGUCAAUAGGUCCUUAAACUUUACAAA